GAAGGGACGGCCUCUUAUCCUGACCGGUCGCCCUUUGGAAAAUGUCACUUUGCAGAUGGGGCAAACUUUGCUUUAACCUCCCCCGGCUCACGUGGAGCACAAGUCACAUGGCAGCACACCAUAGUACCGCGCGGCACACCAUUCAUUUCAGUGGGAAUAGUUCUGCCACAGAAAAUUCCAGCCCAUUGAAAACUUAUGAAGAAGUCAAGAAUUACUAUGGAAAGCAGCUGAGUAAUACGAAGGACCUGAAAACUUCUGCUUGUGCUGCUCCUUCUAAGCCACUGCCCCUGCACCUAAAAGCUGCGCUAGAUCAAAUUCAUGAAGACAUCUCCUCACGGUACUAUGGCUGCGGACUGUCUGUGCCAGAAAGUUUGGAGAACUGUAUCAUGUUGGAUCUGGGCAGCGGCAGUGGCCGGGAUUGUUAUAUGCUCAGUAAGCUGGUUGGACAGAAAGGCCACGUAACAGGAAUAGACAUGACGGAUGAACAACUGGAAUUAUCGAGAAAAUACAUUGUUUUCCACACUGAGAAAUUUGGAUUCCAGCUGCCCAAUGUGGAUUUCGUUAAGGGGUACAUAGAAGAUCUGAAAGCUGCCAAUAUCAAGGACAAUAGAUAUGAUGUGAUCAUAUCUAACUGUGUAAUAAACCUUUCCCCAGACAAAAAGGCAGUACUAAGAGAAGCAUAUAGAGUUUUAAAGGAUGGUGGUGAAAUAUACUUCAGUGAUAUGUAUAUUAACAAGGCACUCCCUGCUGAACUCAAGGAAAGCAAAGUCCUGUGGGGUGAAGGCCUUGGGGGGGCACUCACAUGGAAGGAACUGUUUGACAUCGCUGCAGAUAUUGGCUUUUGCACUCCACGUCUUGUCACUGCCAGAUACAUUACCGUAAAUGAGGAGCUGAAAAACAUUAUUGGGGACUACAAGUUUGUCUCAGCCACCUUCCGUCUGUUUAAAGUACCGAAAGAUGCAGUGAAAGUAAAGUGUCGGGCUGUUUACAACGGUGGAAUCACGGGCUAUGAGCAGAAGCUGGAACUUGAUGCCAACAUCACUUUCAAAGUAGGAGAAGCCGUGGAAAUUGAUGAGGAACUGAGCAGUAUCCUGAAAUGUUCUAGAUUCGUGGACAAAUUUUCAUUUCAAGAAGCAGGAAACAUGCCCUGCUCUGGAAGCUCUCACCUUAGUAAGGAAACCAUCAGAAAUCCAUUUGAGCUUGCAGAAGCACUGAGCAAUGGGGCCCAGUAUUCAUGUUCUGGAGACAGCGGAUGUUCCUAGUACAGCAGCAGACACUGGGAGGUCUAUAAGAAACUGAAUUAUGAUAGACCUGAUUUAAAUGAAUUAAUAUAGACCUGAUUUAAAUGAAGACAGUAUUUGCAGGCAAUUUGCAAGUGGUCUUCAUUUUUUAAUCUGUUGUAGUGCUUGAAAUAUUUAGCUUCUAAUUCAGCAGCUAUCCAGUUUGAAAUUUCCACAGUUAUCUGGUUGCUAGGGACCAACUUCCCCAAUAAACCAUGGUAGUUUGAAUGAGAGACUAGCAGAUGAAAAUAGAAAACUAAGAAAUAAAAUCCAACAGUAACAAUAAAAUUGUCAUGUAUAAGCUGGAAAGAGGCAAAUGAAUAUGGCAAAUUAUUUAACCACUAUAAAAAAUAAAGACCAACUGAAAAGUUGCUAAGAAUAGAACACUUUCUACCAUACUAACAGUUAGCUUAAAGGUGAACUACCCCCAUUAAUGAAUUAAUGAAAUGCUGUAUAAUGUGAAGACAACAGAAGUAACCAAAUGAGAGCCAAUAACAGUAGAGUAUGUGUAAUUUUGGAAUGUUUCAGUGAGUUUCCCACAUAGAGGGGAGCCAUAUUCAGGCUUAGAGUAUUUAGUAGCAAAGCCUUAUGCACAUGAGCCUGUGACCUCCCCGUCCUUCAGAAAAUGAUAUGCAAUUCAGUUUUGAUGUCUUUUGCCUUGUGAUUGACGUUGAUUUCCAAGUAACCCAAUCAGAUAAGAUUUUUAAGGGAGAAACUCUUUCCAAUGUAAAACUGGACGUAACUGGUCUUGGGGAAAUGGAACCAAUUAACAGGCCAAUAUAGCUGCACAGGCAUCUGAUUGUUAGUGCUGUGGGCCAUACACGGGAGCUAAGCUAUGCUAAUGCUGCACAUCCUUAUGCUGGAAUUGCCCUGCAUGCUAUGUACAUACCUAUGAAGGCUAUUUCUCUGAUACAUGAUAGGACAAAACAGCAAAUAAAUUACAUAUGUACACGUGUAUUCA